AUGACCACAACAGGCAAUUUCAUGUUUGCUUGGGCCGGUCUCUGCGCAGUCCUCCAGGUGUCUCAGAACGCAGACAUUGAAGUGACGGAAGAAAUCAGAGAAUCUACCAACUCUGCACCGUCGCCUUCUCCUCCAAACUUGCCAUGCUUUGUGGAUGAUGUUCUGGCAACGCUGCGUGAGAGUUUGGAGGAGGAUGGACACGUGAGAAAUGACAGCAUGGCCCAGUUUUCUGUCUGCACAGAGAAUUCCCCCAUGUUUUUACAGCUGGCACAGGACGCAGGCAGUGAGAAGCUGGAUGUGCUGAUUCCAACUCAAGUGGUGUUGAGGAAGGAAACUAAUAAGAGAGUGCUCGUAUUGACGUUUGAUCCGACAAAGCCUCCUCAAACCACGCUCAGCCCAGCAGUAUUGUUAUUCCCAUCACAAAGCAUCUUCAAAAUGUCGGGCAUCCGUUUUACCAGUCAGUUAUUAAACCCCAGCACACAGACGCCCUGCACUUCAGAAGAUUCUCGGUACAUUCUUCUCACAGGGAACCAUCUGAGCUUUCCUCCAACAUGGGACAUAGUUAUGCAGACUUCCUCUGACACAAAUGUUGUGGACCGCGAAGACAGCAGCAGCACCAUCAGCAUCUUUGCCCUUCUGCUUUUCUCCUCAAGAGGAACUGAUACCAGGCCUCCAAACAACAACGACUUUUCACACAACUCCUUCCUCUGUGAGCUGCGACACUUCCUGGUGCAGUCAACCCCCCAGGACCACCAGGCGCCCCUGCUGAACCUGGGGCUCCUGCGGUCCCUGCCCUCCCAGCCCAUCGGCCUGGCCUCCAGUGAGUCCCUCCUGGCGGACCUCAUCCACUCGUCCGCCCCCACCAUCCUGUCCUUCACCCAGGGCUCCCUGCUCCACGCGCAUCACGAGGAGCUUGCCUUGUCCCCCGUCCUUCUGCAGGAGCUGGGGCAGAGGCUGGGGCAGGUCCUGGAGGAGGUGUCCCAGGUGAUGGAGGCUGUGGAAGAUGGAAGAGUGAGGGGGAGACUGGAUAGACUCAAGCGGCUCUCUGGGUUUCCAUUUGCGGACCGUGUGGGAGGGACGCUUCAGUACCGAGCCUUUCUCCUCCUCAAAGCCCUGCAGAUGGCCAGACGUGCUUUCAACCCACCCCGAGCCCAGAGGUCUGCACGGGCCAACCCAAACGCACCGUCCAUCUGCGGCCUGAAGACUCUGACCGUGUCCCUGGAGCGCUACCUCAUCAGCCCCAACACGGCCGACAUCAAGAACUGCAGGGGGGUGUGCGCCUUCCCCAUGGGCCUGACCCGGAAUCACGCCGUGCUGCUCAACUCCCACAUCGAGAGCGGCCACAGCAGCGAGCGGGCCCCCUGCUGUGUGCCCGUGGCCUACGACAAGAUGGAAGUGGUGGACCUGGGGGAGCUGGGGACCACGCUGAAGACCGAGCCGGACAUGGUGGCUACGGCCUGUGAAUGCCGCUAA